UGGCACGACAACUAGCCGAACUGGAAGCUCGAGCUGUUGAUGGCGAGGGGCGGUACGAGGCCGCUCUUGCUGACCUCACCAGAAGAAUACAAGAAGAGGAAGCUCAAGGGAGUUCGGCAUCUCGAGCUGAGGAGGUCCGUGCGCGACUUGAUCGAAUGGUCUCAGCUAAUGCGACGUUACGGGCCGACCUUCAGGAGAGGGAGGAGAGGAUAGAAAAGGAGGAGGAGGAAAUUCAACGGGAGACCGAUCAG